CGGAAAACACUUGUUUAUCUAACCCCCUUUCCAUUACUUCUCUAUCUAUAUAUUCUCUUUUCAUUCCCAUUUAUCAUCUUUCCUGUUCAUCAAUCAUCAUCAUCUUUUCUCUCCACACAAACCCUACUUAUAUACAUGUUCUUCAUUUUCUUUCAAAACCCUCUUUUUUGAGUUUUGAUUGUUGAGUUUGCAAAGGAAGGGGAAGAGAAUAUUCAGUUAGGGCUUCAAAAAGAGUUUUUCUUCCUCGUGCGUGUGUGUAUAUAUCUGUUGUUUUUCGUCAUCAAAGAGAGAUGUGCAGUAGAGGCCAUUGGAGGCCGGCAGAGGACGAGAAGCUGCGGGAAUUAGUUGAAAGAUAUGGACCUCAUAAUUGGAACGCCAUAGCUGAGAAGCUCCAUGGUAGAUCAGGGAAGAGUUGUAGGCUGAGAUGGUUCAAUCAAUUGGAUCCAAGAAUCAACCGCAGCCCCUUCACGGAGGAGGAGGAGGAGCGCCUCCUCGCCUGCCACCGGAUUCACGGAAACCGGUGGGCCAUAAUAGCCCGGGUUUUCCCAGGGCGCACUGAUAACGCCGUGAAAAAUCACUGGCAUGUAAUCAUGGCUAGAAAAUGCAGGGAGAGAUCGAAAAUCUACGAGAAACGAGCUUUGAGAAACGAGCGAGAAUCGUUGUCUACAUCAAAGAUUGAUAAUGGCAACAUUUUAUCAAUUUGCAGAGGCAAAAAUUUGAGCUUUAGCCCUCUAAUGGAGAAUUUUCAAGAGAGAUAUAAUAUGCAGAUUGUAGGAUGGAAUCAGCCUCAAUUUUGUGACACGCCAAUUACUAGAAUGAAGAGUGAUGAAGAAAGAAGCAAAGGAGUGGAGUUUUACAACUUUCUCCAAAUCAAUACUGACUCAAAUAGAAGUGAGGUUAUAGACUAUGCAAGGAAAGAGAAGCAAGACAACGACAAUGACAAAGAAGAAGAAGAAGAAGUUGAUCAGAGAGAGGCUUCGUACCAACGAAACGAAGCCUCUUCUUCUCCACCAUUUAUUGAUUUCUUAUCGGUGGGAAACUCUUCUUGAUUCGUAGAGAGAAGCAGCUUAAGAACAUGAACUUUCUAUAUAAGGGUUUUAAUUAGGUGGAUCAUACUUUGCAAAAGUAGCCUAAUUUCAAUGAUCCAUAUAUCAAAAUAGAGUCUUUGAAUGUAUGUGUGCAUUAACAAAUUGAAGUGUUUUUAAUGCAUGUGAAUGAAAAAUCCAGUAUGUAAUUUGCAUGAUUUAUUGUGUUAAUGAGAAAGGCAAAGUAUACACAUGUA